CUUCCUCGUUCGGUCACUUUAUUCGCGAAGAGAAUAUUCAAUUCGGAAAAGUAUCGAAUUCUUUUUUACUCACUUUAAUGGUGGAUAAAUGAACGUCACGUGGAGUAAUUACGGUUUAAGGUGAUUGAAUUUUCAUUAAGAUGGUUUCACAGUAUCAGAUCAUCAGCGCUCUUCUACUAUUCGGAUUAGUGUUGAUCUAUCAAGCAAUGGCGCAAGUGGAUGGUUAUACCCCUGGAGUAGACUAUCCAAUUUACAACUCUGUACCGUUUGGUCUCAGCUUUACCUGCAGAGGAAAGAUACCUGGUUAUUACGCCGAUCCAGAUACUAGAUGUCAGGUAUGGCACUGGUGUAUUCCUGGAGGAAGACAAUUUAGUUUCCUGUGUCCUAAUGGCACUGUUUUCAGUCAAUCGGCUCGUGUCUGUGAUUGGUGGUUCAAGGUGGACUGUAACGAUUCUCCUAGGCUCUAUGGAAUCAAUAGCGAUUUAUAUCGAGACGCACGUGGAAACCCAAUUUAGAAAAAAAACAGUAUAGACUAAUAUGAACUAUAGUUUUUAUUUUUACGUUUUAUCUUAUUUAAUUUUGAUAAAAAAACAUAUAAUAUUGCAAAAAUACUUUGCACUAAAACAAAGUCAAGUUACCAAAAUAAUAUUGUAAAUAUUAGAAUAGAUUUUGUAAAUGUAACGUAAAAUAUAGUUUGAAUCAAUUUCCAAAAU